AUGGAGCUCUACCGUCAGCUGCGGCCCUGCAAGUCGGAAUCUGAUUUCGGCGCCCUUGCGCACGAAUCCUACAUUCCGGGCAAGUUCAGUGACGAACAAGACCCCUGGAUUUCACGUGCUUUGUCCACCACGCCGACGGCAUGCAAAAGGCUUGAGUUGUUUCAUGCCCCAACAGAGCUUCAAGCCAGCUUUGCCAACUGCCGCCCUCCGUCUCCUCCCUCUCCAACCUCUCCUCCCUCUUCAUUGUCCCCAUCGCCAGGAAGAGCUCCGCAGUGUGAGGCAGUCAAUCAUCACAAACAUCACAGGCCUGAGAACUUGGCCCAAUGCUGCACAAUGGCUGGCAUAAAGAGUUUUUCGAAAUGGUGGACCCCUGAGUUGCUGGCAUGA